GAGAAAAAUUACGGCAUCUGAAUUGAUUUGAGAGUGUGUAUUUAAAAGCCCUAGAUUUUAGGUUCUUCUGCCUCCACCGCAGUAACAGUGCUGAAGUUCGAGACUUUGUUUCAUUCAACACAAAAAUGGUGAAAGGAAGUGAAAGUGAAAGCUGUGGAGGAGUACCCGAAGCGGUGAUGGAUUCAGUCAACACCACUCUCUCUAAUCUUCGUGAAUUCCGUUCACAUUUUCAACAGUUUUUACCUCUUAUGAACCCUCAAAUUCUCUCCCAACUUCCACCUCUUGAACGUGCUCACUCUCUCUUUCUCCUCUCCAAGAUCACUUCCACCCUCCUCACACUGAAAUUGAGGUGUAGUGGAGUUCAACCUGAUGAUAACCCUGUCAAAUCAGAGCUUGAUAGAGUAGAGUUAUAUCAAGACAAACUUGAACGCCUUCUAGAUUUGAAUAAGGCUCCGUUGCGACCUUCUACUAUGUUGAAUUCUCAAGCAGCUACUCGCUUCAUCGAACACUCUCUGCCUGACCUCACUCCAGAGCAACUGCAGAAAAUGAGGAACUUAAGUAGAGGGGAGGGAAAGAAGAGGAAACAUCAGGAGCAGGCUGGUCAAAAGAGAAAGUAUCAAUCUUCUGAAAAGCCAUCUAUUUCUGUUCAAGCUGCUGCUCAGGAGUUUCUGGAGAAAGCACAGAGGGAACUUUUUGGUGGUAAUAAUGGCGGUAUUAAGGGGCCACUUCAAAUUGACAACAUGUCAGAAAGCGACGACGAUCAAAUUGACAAUUUUUCAGAAGACGACGGCGAUAAACUACCUAUGACCUGAAUUUUGAACUAUGGUGUGUGUGGGAGAGAGGGUCUGUACCUUUCCUUUGCCAAAUGGAGCUUGUGUUCGUCAGAUGGUUGUAGUUUUGCUUGCUUGUUUUUCGCUAGCCUCUAUUGACACAACCUCUCAAUUCACACCCAUAACUGGACAUAUGGCAUUUCAUUAGUUAGACAUGUUUAAGGUUGGAUUUUGGAUGAUGAUGUCAGUGCUUUAUUUUUUUGCUUCAAUUUGUGUUGUACUGGAUGGGAAGGAAAGAAUCAAUUUGAAACUUCAUGACUCAUCUAUUGUAUGGAAUCUCAGUUGUUAGAUAAUAUAUUGGUGGUGCUUUGAUUUCUUGCUUCAA